UCACCUCACUGCCCUCGCUUUCGCCUCGCAUCCGCCCCGCACCUCGUCCCUCGCCAUGCCGUCGGUCGCCACGGCCGCAGCUGCGGCGGCCGCGGGCGCGCCUCUCCGCCGCCGCCCGGGCGCGUCACGUCGCCAGCCCGCGCGCGCCUCCUCCUCCUCCUCCCUCCCCUCCCCCGCGCUCGCCAGGUCCACGCGCCUCGCCGCCACCACCUCCUUCCCGCCGCUCGUCCGCAGGGCCAGGCCGUCGCUGGCGGCGGCACGGGCGGCGAGCCCCGACGCCUCUACGGGGGCACGGUUGCCCACCUCCGGCGGCCAGAUGCUGGUGUUCGUGCCCCCGCACCCGCUGAUAAAGCACUGGGUCUCCGUCCUGCGCAAUGAGCAGACGCCCUGCGCCAUCUUCAAGAGUGCCAUGGCGGAGCUUGGUCGGCUGCUCAUAUACGAAGCUUCCAGAGAUUGGCUGCCUACAAUCACAGGAGAGAUCCAAACACCUAUAGCUGUUUCAAGUGUUGAAUUUAUUGACCCAAGGGAGCCUGUCAUGGUUGUUCCGAUACUGAGAGCUGGUCUUGCUCUGGCUGAAAACGCUUCGUCAGUUCUGCCAGCCACCAAAACUUAUCACCUUGGCCUGCGUAGGGAUGAAGAAACACUUGAGCCUUCAAUAUAUCUCAACAACUUGCCAGACAAGAUUCCAGAGGGGACUCGAGUGCUAGUUGUUGAUCCAAUGCUGGCCACAGGUGGGACCAUUGUUGCUGCCAUUGACUUGUUGGUUGAACGUGGAGUUACAAGCAAGCAGAUUAAAGUUGUAUCUGCUGUUGCAGCACCUCCUGCUCUUCAGAGGCUCAGCAACAGGUUCCCUGGGCUCCACGUUUACACGGGAACAAUUGAUUCCGAAGUUGAUGAGAGAGGGUUCAUAGUUCCGGGGUUGGGAGAUGCCGGCGAUAGAAGCUUCGCCACAUAAUUGUACUAAGUUUGUGCAGCAGCUGUUCUAUCUCUACCAGCGAGUUUGGCGUAAGCAAAAGUUUUCCCUACGAUUCGAGUGCUUGGAAUAUGGGAGUUAGACCAGUCUGUCGUUCUAUUGUAUUCACCUGUUAAUUCCAUUCGUUGGAGAAUCUCACUUCCUAGCUCAUUAUUUUGUAAUUAUCCAUUUUUUAACAAUUUUUUGGGAUGUCUCUUUUUAAUCUUACAUAUUUGUAGAUACUCCCUGGGAAAGAAUGUUGACAGUGUUUAUUCCAAUCAAAAUAAUAAAGCAAAAGGAAGUAGUGUUCUCUUAGUCUACACUUGGGAACACCAUAUUAGUGUGUAAUAGCUCAUGGUUAAUGAUUGAAGAAGCGGAUACACUUCUUGCCACUUCUUGCUACAUCGCAGCAAUAUAUCUUAAUACUUCUUCAGAGGCAACC